AUGAAUUCUGAGAACACCAAGAAGCUGCGCGCUGAGUUGUUCGAGGCCGGGCUUCAAAAUCGUCGGGAAGUGGUCGGGGAAGCUUACGUUGAAACUGCUAUGCGCAAUGGUUCCAGUGAAUUUGCCUAUUCUCAGCAAGAACUGAUUACAGAGUGGGCUUGGGGAAACAUAUGGUCACGUCCAGGCUUGGAACGCAGGCAGAGAAGCCUUCUUAAUAUCGGUAUGCUGAUUGCUCUUAAGAGCUGGGCUGAAUUCGGUACCCAUAUACGGGGUGCUAUUAGGAACGGGCUUACUGAGCUCGAGAUUCGCGAGGCAAUCCUACAAGCGACGGUAUACUGUGGAGCGCCUGCCGGUGUUCAGGCUAUGAAGGUGGCGGAUUGCGUCCUCGAAGACAUGAUCAGCAAGGGAGAGCACAAGAGGCAAAUGGCAGAAGUCUCGCCUAGUUACAGAAAGCCAGAGUAG